AGCGACGACGAUUGUGUAUGGAUAUGCCCACGCGUGCACUUUCAAAAAAUUUCAAUGAUAAUCUUUUACUGCACUUGAACAGCUUGGUUUUUUUUUUAUACCAUUGUACUCUUUUAUUUCAUCAUGAUUUUAAUGUAAUGGAUGUGGAUGUUUUUACGACGUAUUCACACAGCAUUCAUCAUAUAUCUUGUAGAAAACAAUUAGGAAAGCAGACUUAUGAUUGGCUAAAUGGAGUCACGUGCAGUUAAAAUUAUAAGAACACGGAAGAGGUUAGGAUGUAAGUUGUUUAGGAAUAAGGCAAGGAAUAUGACGAACGACGUUUCAACAUCUUCAGCCAAAGCUGGCUUUUUGGUGAAACUACAAGAUGCAAUUGAAAAAGCCGUGACCCAAAAGAUACAGGUUGAUAGAAAGACUGUUGAAAAAGCAUGGAAGUUAAUGGAAAAGAUCACAAAGUCGUGUCAGCAUUCGCGAAUGCAUUUAAAAAACAGUCCUCCGUACAUUUUGGAUAUUUUACCAGACAUGUACAACAGUCUUCAAAUUAUAUUGGGAAAAUACGAGGAUAGAAUGCAUGUACUUGCCGAAAAUGAGUAUUUUAAAAUAUUUCUUGAUAACUUGAUGAAAAAGUUGAAACAAACUAUACGACUUUUCAAAGAGGGGAAGGAACAGUUGUAUAUAGAAGACUCGCGUUAUCGCAGAGGUUUGACAAAGUUGAGUUUGAUUUUCAACCACAUGCACGCGGAAUUAAAAGGAAUAUUUCCGAACGGUUGCUACAUUGGAGAUUCAUUUCGAAUUACGAAAUCUGAUGCUGGUGAAUUCUGGCGAAAUUCGUUUGGAACAAGGUCAAUUGUACCGUGGAAGUUAUUUCGAUUGCACUUUCAUGCUGUCCACGAAAUUUCUACUGGGUUGGAAGCUAUAGCUUUAAAAUCAACCAUUGACUUGACUUGUGAUAAUCAUAUUUCAAUCUUUGAGUUUGAUGUUUUUGUGAGAUUAUUUCAACCUUGGACAAGGAUUCUAAGAAAUUGGAAUCUAUUGGCUGUGACCCAUCCUGGAUAUUGUGCAUUCUUGACAUACGAUGAAGUUAAAGCGAGGCUUGAGAAGUUCAUAGAUUUACCAGGAAGUUAUUUAUUUCGACUGAGUUGUACAAGAUUGGGACAAUGGGCGAUCGGGUAUGUUACUCCUGGAAAGAACAUCCUUCAGACUAUUCCACAAAAUAAGUCAUUGUUUCAAGCUCUAGUUGAAGGCUAUAAUGAGAAAUUCUAUUUAUAUCCAAAUGGCCAUCGUAACAACCCAGAUCUUAGUCAAGACAUUGUUCAAAAGUCGAAUGAUCACAUUAAAGUUACUGAAGAACAGUAUGAAUUGUACUGUGAAAUUGGCACAACCUUUGAACUGUGCAAGAUAUGUGCUGAGAAUGAUAAAGACAUCAGGAUUGAACCCUGUGGUCAUUUAGUUUGUUACAGCUGCCUAGAACACUGGCAAGAUUUUGGUGGUGAUGGUUGUCCCUUUUGCAGGCAAGAGAUCAAAGAUAUUGAAAGAGUUACCGUUGAUCCGUUCGUGCCUCUUACUAAAUCUGAAGAAGAUCUAACGAAAUCCAAUUCUCUUGACUUCGAUUCGGAGAAAGACGAAGUUCUCGAGGACAUUCACAAUUGGAUUCCAAUGGUUGGAAACGAAAGAAAAGAACGACUUCGUGUAAACAUUCCUUCUGCAAAUUCACGUAUGCCCAGAGGUGAUGAGCAUGACGAUGAUAGUACGCCACCACCUUUACCUGCUCGUAAAAAUCAUUCCCAUCUUUGUGGUCACCUUCAAUCCCCCACUUCACCUGUUCUUUUUCCGCGAUCUCCACGUACAUCUCCAAGACCGUCGCCAAGAUCGUCACCUUUGGUGUCGCCUAAUUUAUCCCCAGAAAAUUCUCCUCAUCCAUCUCCCCGUCUUCCCAGGCAUCGACACUAUCCCGUCGAUAUUUUGCCAGAAAAUGAUGAUUUGCCUCCAAAACUGCCCGCCAGAUGUAAGAACAGGCAGCGCUAUGACAACCACCUUGGUGGAACUAUUAAUGGUUCAGUCCAACCAGUUGACCAUGGGGAUACUCAUUCUUAUUAUACUUCGUCUCAUGCAAGUCAUUUGAGUAACAAACGGUUCGCAGGAAAUGAAAAUUCUUCAAGGACCAGGAAUUAUGCUGAACUUGCAUUCCCUAAGCAAGAAAAGGACACCGAAGUGACUAAAAAACAUACUCCAGUCGGUCCUCGACUCAGUUUAAAUGAUAAGGAAAUCACAAGUUAUGAUGAAACAACAAAUGAGCCAACAUUUGAUGACAACAGUGAGGCAUUUGAUAGCUUUGUCGUUCGUGAAGACCCCUUUGACGGUGCUAAUCCAUUCCAAGAUGAAAAAUUAUCCUUACCGUCUACGAAAAUAAAUGCAGCAUGGGGAAAAGAAGCGAGUUACAGCUUACCGCUGAGGGGUAGACAUGCAUCGAGGUCAGUUGAAGACCUGACAAGUGAAAGCACGCGUAAUAAUCACGAUUACAGAAACGGUAGCCCGCCUUCUUUUGGCAACUUUGCAAUGGGUAAUGGUCUGCCAAGAUGUUUCAGCAAUCCUACUUAUGUUAGUAAUGAAGCUUUUAUUGGCUCAGCCAACGAUGACCACACGAUGUUCACAAAUAUUUCUCCGCGACUUAACCGAAACGAUUCGCAGAAAUCCAUUCAGUUCAAUGAAGAAGAUUUUCAAAUUUUGAUGAAUCAGGGAUAUACACGUGACGAAAUUAAAAAGGCUUUGAUAACAGCAGAUAAUAAUUUUGCUAUGGCUCGAAAAAUAUUGCGAACCUAUAAUGGCAACAGGCAACAUGAAGAGGAGUAAGAGAUGUUGCAAAUAAACAAAUUUAGAACGUCGUACUAUUCACAAGUUCAGCACUAAGAGUUUUAUUGGCUUUGGCUUUUCAGUUCAAUGGAGAGCAGACUUUUCUAAGCUAAAAAUUGUGUAAACGCCAAGUAUGUACAUAAUUAUAAAUUUAGACUAUUUUAGUGACCUUUCAAUUAAGGCAACUCGUUUCCAAAAAGUCUGCUGGACAUCAGGCAUUAAUUGGUUGAAAGUAGUCCCUUCCAUUUUUUAACAAUCUUUAAUAACACAGUAGACAUAUGACGUAAAAAUUUUCAUGUCAAAAUCAAAAUAUUGAAUCCUAUGUACAAGAAAAUCGUUGGAAAUAUUUGGUAGUUUUCAUGUAGUUGAGAAAUUAAUUUGUUGAGAAAAAUUAAAAAAAUGUUUUGAGAAAA